CUGAAGUUGAAUUUUGCAAAUCCACCUUUCAAAUCUACAGCAAGGUUUACUCUGAAUCCCAAUCCUGCAGGAGUUCAAAACCCACACAUGAUGUUUGGCAGCACCUCUGGACUCUACUCACUUGAUGCCAUAGCCCCCGCCUCCCUCAGAUGUAACAACCAGAAAUGUCUCCAGACCCAUGGAGGGCAGAAUUGCCCCUGGUUGAGGACCACGGAUGCAGAGUGCGCUGCAGGUUCCCCCAGCUGCUUACCGUUGGCCUCUCCUGAUCGAGGAGACGCAGAGAGAGAGACUGAGAACACACAGCAUUGAAUCGUCAGGAAAACUGAAGAUCUCCCCUGAGCAACACUGGGAUUUCACUGCAGAGGACUUGAAAGACCUCGGAGAAAUUGGACGAGGAGCUUAUGGUUCUGUCAACAAAAUGGUCCACAAACCAAGUGGGCAAAUAAUGGCAGUUAAAAGAAUUCGGUCAACGGUGGAUGAAAAAGAACAAAAACAACUCCUUAUGGAUUUGGAUGUAGUGAUGCGGAGUAGUGACUGCCCGUACAUUGUUCAGUUUUAUGGUGCACUCUUCAGAGAGGGUGACUGUUGGAUCUGUAUGGAACUCAUGUCUACCUCGUUUGAUAAGUUUUACAAAUAUGUAUAUAGUGUAUUAGAUGAUGUUAUUCCAGAAGAAAUUUUAGGCAAAAUCACUUUAGCAACUGUGAAAGCACUAAACCACUUAAAAGAAAACUUGAAAAUUAUUCACAGAGAUAUCAAACCUUCCAAUAUUCUUCUGGACAGAAGUGGAAAUAUUAAACUCUGUGACUUCGGCAUCAGUGGACAGCUUGUGGACUCCAUUGCCAAGACAAGAGAUGCUGGGUGCAGGCCAUACAUGGCACCCGAGAGAAUAGACCCGAGUGCGUCACGACAAGGAUAUGACGUCCGCUCUGAUGUCUGGAGUUUGGGGAUCACACUGUACGAGUUGGCUACAGGCCGGUUUCCUUAUCCAAAGUGGAAUAGUGUAUUUGAUCAGCUAACACAAGUCGUGAAAGGAGAUCCUCCACAGCUGAGUAACUCUGAGGAAAGGGAAUUCUCCCCAAGUUUCAUCAACUUUGUUAACUUGUGCCUUACGAAGGAUGAAUCCAAAAGGCCAAAGUAUAAGGAACUUCUGAAACACCCUUUUAUCCUGAUGUACGAGGAGCGAGCUGUGGAGGUCGCAUGCUAUGUCUGCAAGAUCCUGGAUCAGAUGCCCGCUACCCCCAGCUCCCCCAUGUAUGUGGACUGAGGCCGCCGCCACGUCAGACUCUAGAGAAAAGGGCUGAGAGGAAGCAAGACGUGAAGAACCUUCAUCCCGCAUCACAGUGUUUUUAUUGCUCGCCCAGACACCACGUGCAGUAAGACUGGUGUUCGUUCCCAUCAUGUCUGUAGACUCCCGUCACCUCGACAUGCAUCCCCGUAACGCUCGGUCGGUCACACAGUGUCAGUGCUGGUUAGAGAGACCGCAUCCUGCUCUUUCGUGAAGAACAUACUCAUGAAAUGUGGAAGUUCGUACGAUCAGUUUGGUGACUGUGAUUAGAUCACAUCUUAAAUUCAUUUCUAGACUCGAAACCUGGAGACGCAGCUACUGGAGUGGUGUUUUGUCAGACUUCCAGAGACUGGAAGCGCACGGUGAUGGACGUGCCGGGGUGAGAAGGGCGUGCACCGCCGCCGAGGCACGCUGCUCCUGGGGCUGGGGGCAGGGGGGGUGGUUUCUUUCUUCACCAAGUGCAAUAGAUUUACUGACGUGAUAUUCUGUUGCUUCACAGCCACUGUCGAUGUUUGGGUAUCGAUGUGCUCAGCCAAAUUUCCUGUUUGAAAUAUCAUGUUAAAUUAGAAUUUAUCUUUACCAAAAACCAUGUUGCGUUCAGAGGGGUGAACAUGACAAUAUUGAGACAGGACAGAAUGUGUUCUUUUCUCCUCCACCAGUCCUUCUGCUCUUUGUCAGGAAGACUCAGGAGUCUGCCACUGUCAGAGAAGGUGCUCAGCCUAAGGAUUUUCAUCCUCAGAAUUCAGUGUGCUGCCAACUUGAUGUUCCACCUGCCACAAACCACCAGGACUGAAAGAAGAAGAAAGUAGGAGGGCAAAGUUUACAGAUGCUUUUAAUUCUGGUCUCUUAUCUGGAACAACUCGUAGCAGCUAUAUAUUUCCCCUUGGUCCCAAGCUGGAUGCUUCAGCCAUCACAACUCACUAACAGGGAGAAGUAGCUAGUAGCAAUGUGCCUUGAUUGAUUAAAGAUGUCUUGUAGGCAGCAAAAGACCAAAUCUCAGUUGUUUGACAUCACUGGUCCAGGUCCUCAGCUUCUUAAUCUCUUUCCCUAUGUGUGUGGUCUGUUGCCGCUCUAUGGUUUUUGCUUAAUCCAUAUUUUGCCUUUUUCCCCCCAUUAUCAAAAACCUUUAUGAUUACCAGGGAUGUUCCUUGCCGAGGAUUUUUUAGCUGCAAAUCUCUCAGAGGCUCUUGUGGUUAAAAGGCUGAGAAGUGUGGGGCGGUGACGUGGGAACAUCCUUUCUAGAGACAUGUUUGACAGGUGAGGAUCUGGAAUGGCUCUAGAAGGCAGGGCUGGCUAAGCGCAUCACCUGCAAGAAUCUCUAGCAAGUCACCAUCAUUUCUUGGAAUUGGAAUUCUACAAAAAAAACAAAACCUGAAAAACCCCAAACCGACCCAGAAUAGCUACAAGAAGCCGUUUCAGUCUGCCAUCUCCUGCUGCCCCUCUCGCUUGCCCCCGAGCCGGGUCUCCUGGGUGCCUCCCGGCCUCCCUGGCACGGAGAGUCCGCGUGGCCGUCAGGCAGGCAGCACCGUGAGUCGUCCGAGCACGCUGGAGCAGGAAACAGCCCUGGUCUGAGGUGCAGGUGGUGCCGUGACAGACCCGACUGCCGGUGGGCGUUGCUGUGUCUCCUCCCAGAGUGACAGUCACAAACACUGCUCAACAACCAAGGGAGAAUGGUGCUGUUUAAAGUUACAUCCCUGUAAAUUUCGGAAUUCACGAGUGGUUUGUCGCUUUGGUCCACUUGCCUGAUUUUCCUUUUUUCUCCCCAACGGCAUCUAAACCCCAGACUUCCCAGUGUUCUGAAAGGAAGCACUGCUGUCUUCCUCUGACCACGCCAAGCCAUCGUCCUCCACUGCUCCCGGGACUCAGGAGGGGCCUGUUUCUCUGCUGUCAGCCCUCCGUCUGGCUCCACGUAGGGUCACUUUGCCAUAUACAAGUGGAGAUAAAAGCAGUUCUGACUGUCCAGGAGCUGAUCUGACCGUUCUGUUGUGUGGAUGACCACAUAAAAAGGCAAUUUUAGUGUAUUAAUCAUAGAUUAUUAUAAACUAUAAACUUAAGGGCAAGGAGUUUAUUACAAUGUAUCUUUAUUAAAACAAAAGGGUGUAUAGUGUUCACAAACUGUGAAGAUAGUGUAAGAACUGUACAUUGUGAGCGCUGGUUGUUUUCCUCUUGUACCAUAGAAAAAUGUAUAAAAGUUAUCAAAAAGCUGAUGUGCAGGGAUAUUGCCUUAUUUGUCUGUAAAAACGGAGCUCAGCAACAUAACUGCUUCUUGGAGCUUUGGAAUAUUUUAUCCUGUAUUCUUGUUUGAAUUCUUCCUCUAUUUAAGAUAUAUACAUGGAAUCGAAGUGUUUAUGUAAUAGUUCUAUCCUUUUGCCUGCAGGUCAGUUGUAAUAAAUCUAGGAUGUGAUGAUGA